CUGGUGAUUUUGCUGCUUUCUUCAGGUUGUGUCAUUUUGUGUUCACAAUAUGAGCGAGAAUAUGUCCUGAUAGACACGUCAAUGACUUGGAACAAUGCCCAAACGUAUUGCAGAGAGAACCACAUUGACCUCGCUACUAUUCGCAACCGAGAUGACAUGACCAAGCUGGCGAAGACGCCCAGUGAUGGGGUAUCAAGUGCCUGGAUUGGUCUGAAAAAGAACGGGGUGGCAUCCUGGCAGUGGUCUGUGGGAGAAACUCAGACCAGUGAUGGAUUAGUUAAUUACACAAACUGGGCCAGUUCACCUGAUUCUUCUCAUGACUGUGGAGGCAUGAGGGAUGAUGGGAAAUGGCUCAGUGCACCCUGUGGAAACCUAAAUCCGUUUGUCUGUCAGGAAGAUAAGGGGUCCAGUAAGAUGUAUGUUGUUCUUGAAGCGAUGUCUUGGAGGCAAGCCCGAGCGCACUGUCAACUGAAUUAUGGUGACCUGGUCAGUGUGAUGAAUGUGAUUGAAAAUCAGGCCGUACAGCAAAUAGCUGGGAAUUUUCCUCCGACCUUUUUCUGGAUCGGUGUGUUCAAAGAUGAGUGGAAAUGGUCAGAUGGGAGUUACAGUUCUUACAGACACUGGGAAAGCACUCAGCCAAAUAAUGAUGGGAUCUGUACAUUGUAUUACACCUCCCCAAAGACGAUGUGGGACAGAGGUUGUACUUCAGCAUUUCCUUUUUAUUGCUCUACUGUGUUAGUCAGGAGGCACAUCGUGAGUGUGAAAAUGAGGUCAAAUUCAAUCGUUGACUUCAGUGACUCUGCUGUGAGCAAAGCCAUAUUGAGUCAGUAGAUCCAAAAUAGGAAUGACAAAUUAAAGCUUCAGUGGGUAGUCCAGCCAGACGGGGAGAUUUUCCAUAAAGAAGACAAAACCAAAGUCAUUGAGGUCUGUUAGAAAGCGGCAUAAAGUGAAGCAGCCUCUAUGAAAUCAUCAAGCUAGAGUGGUUGUACAUACAAAUGUUAUUCAUGGAUCAGGUUAAUUAUUAUAUUUUUAUGCUCUUCGAUGUAUUAUGUUCAGUCUUAUCUCAUAAAUUAACAAUAGGUGUGCUGUGUGUGUUAAAAUCACAUAGAUGCACAAACUUCCCCUUCUGGCAAACCUGUAAGCUUUAUCUUAAAGGGGAACUCCACAGUUUUAUAACUUUUACAGACAAUGGGUAGUCCUACUUCAUAUGUGGAAAAAUGUUAUAUUAAUAAAUGAUCUGUGGCUCUAGAAGGAUCCCAAAAAUAGGAGAUAUCUCUGGUUCUGCUUUUUGUUGUUUUUUUGCUUCGUGUUAAGUUUGUACACUGUUAAAGAAACAAAAAUAAAUACAUUUGAGACCUUUUUUUUUUCUUCUUUAAGAAUGAUUUUAUGUUCCCUCAUAAGAUUGCAUUAAAAAAGGCUGACAAUAGCAAUACAAUGAGACAAGCUCAACUGAUCUGGGGAGAAAACAAAAAAAA